AUUGACUCGAUAGCGUUAGUGACAUUGGUGCUAAUCGUAAGUACUACUAAAACCUAUCAGUACGAAAAAUCAUAUAGCUCCUACCCAAUACAAAUGAAAAAUGCAAAUGUACCAUCCUUUGAUGCAUUCGAUGCGCUGAUGAUUGAAAUAAUCAAAUAUUCAAAUUCCGUUUCAAGUGAUGAUUCGGAUAUUCGUUUUCUUGAAUCCCUUGGUGUAAAUGUAAGCGAAAAGUUAAUCGAAAAAGCUACAAAAGAUCAUGCCAGGUUUAUCAACGAAUUAGAUAUUGUUAAAUAUGUAUGCACAGAAUUUUGGUCAUCCGUAUACCACAAACAAGUUGAUACGCUUAAAACCAAUUAUCAAGAUGUUUACGUUCUCAUUGUUAAUGAUUUUCAGCCUUUAGUGAAAUUCGAAAGUAUCCCAGAAGGUAUAUCAGAAAUCCCGAAGUAUCUGGCGUUCCCUUCAGGACUUUUGAAAGGAGCUUUAUGUAGUCUAGGAUUGAAUUGUGUUGUGGCAGCAGAUUGUGAACAACCACCUACAUGUAAGUCUGCCUAUAACAAAGUCACUCUUAGUAACAGGUAAAUUCACAGUUACAGUGCUUUCUUACAGAGGUAUAAGCUGAAGUUGUGAACAUAUUUUGUUAUUUGUGAAUUAAACUGGCCUACUUAUAUAUUUCUGAUUUUUAUUAAACCGAGUUUUCUAAUGUAUUAUGAUUUGUGAUUUAAUUUUAGUCUUGCACAAAACAACUCUCCCAUUUAUACUGUUAUCUAUGUUCCAUAACCAGAGCGACCGACAACGUCUACUUAAACGAUCACUUAUACUUGGUGUAACGCACCUUUAUCUAAUUAUCAACCAUAAAAUAGUAUCCAGUUUGUAAGCGUGACUUUCUUAUUGAUUUUAUUGCAUCCUUCAUUAUUGUUCGAGUUCCGCCUUUGACUAUAGCUACGCGAAGAUUGGUUUUACAGCAUUGUUAACUUGCUUGAAGAUUACAUCUAUUGGGGAAAUAGGAUCUAAACCUGCUGGUAUUUUCCAUAAUAUUUUCUGUCUGCGAAUUUCAGAGACGGAUGAUCGAUUGUAACCAUUUAGCGGAACAAAAAAUAUCUGAGCACACCGAACGAUGACUGGCAAAUCCAAUGAUCACUCAUGUGUACUAUCAAAUGCAGAAAAACCAACAGCCAAAAUUUAAUAAAUAGGAAUCUAUCGAGCUACUUUAUUGUAAAAUGGUUGAAUGUAUAUCUUAGUCGCUAGGUGCUUAGUGGGUUGGAUUUGUCCAAAAUUUGCUUCUAUUUAGGCUUAAUGGAUAGUGGAUGCCUGAAAGGCGUUCAAAAUAACUGACCAACAGCGAACACCAGUUCUACUUCUCUCUCAAGAGGUCACUACCAUCAAACGUUUCUAAAUUAACUGUACGGAAAGGAUACACGAUCAACUCCUAUAUAUUUUAAAUAUAAUCACAUGGUUUUGUCACUUAGUCUUAUUUGUAAUUGUUCACUAAUUUUAUUGAAUAAUGUGUACUUACACUUGUUAGUCCUUGUGGAUGAGCAUAGGCUUUCCAAUCAUUUUUAUUAUGACUGGUUUCUUAGCAAUUUGUAGUACAAUGUUUAUUAUCGUAUUGUAUCUCUCAUUAUGAUUAGCUUUUAUAUAUUCUGAACAUUUCAUUUUCAUAAACUAAGCAUGUCAACUCUUUGUUUUUGAUCAUAUUGUUCUUCACAACUUGACCUUGCCUGUAACUUACGAGAACCGUUAAAAUAGAAUAAAUUCAUUUUACUUUGCAAA